AUGUGGAGGCUGUUGCAAGCUUGCAAACUGUCGCACAUGCUUCCAGUCACAGAGUCAAGGCCCAUUGUGCUGCAGGAGUGCCUUUCUGCCGCGCUCUUCUCCGACAUCCGAGGUUGGCAAGUCAAAAGUCAAAACAUGACCAUGCCCAAUGGCCAGAGACUGUGCAACACAGCCGUGACGCGAAUGAAGGCGCGUGUCUGGCGUCAACCUGCCCUGCUCGUGCCGGGGCGGGCCGAAUCAACCUUUGCCAGAAGCUCAGAUUGCUACAAGCACGUCUUGGCUCCUGUGACCUCGCCUGUCAGACGAGCUUGCAGUUAG